UAAGUAGUUAAAAUAUCAUAUCCAAAUGAUAUAUGUCUAAAUACCAUGCGGGUACUUACUGCUUGGUGUGGUAAAUUUUUUGUAGUUUAAAAUUUGCUUUUGUCUGAUAUCCUAAUUCCGAUUUUCCGUUUACAUGUUAGAAAUGUGUUACAGAUUCGUCGGUUAAUCGAAACUCUAUUCUUGUAAUAGUGUAACCCCGCCGAGUCACAACCGUCAAAGACAACUGUAAUUUAUUAUUAGUUCUUAGUAUUACUAUUACAAUGUCGACCUAAACUAUACACGUGGAUGUGAACAAUCAGUGUAUUAUGGGAAAAAUAAAGAGAAAAAGUCUAGAUUCAUUAAAAAAAUUGCGGCGGUCAAAACGGCGACGAUCUUCUAAGAAAUUUAUUGAAAAAAAAACUGUAUCUAAAACACUAACUAUGGACAUUAAUAAACCAAAUGUAAAUGUUGUUGAGUCUGAUGAGGUUAUUGAGGAUGAUGACAAUUCACUUCCUACUGAUAUACUUAAAAGUAUGAAAACUGUUUCUUCCAAAGUAACAAAACCAGACAUUAUAAGUGAUGAAAUUAUAGAUAUUACUAAUAUUACUGAUGAAAAUAUUGCAAUUGAAAAUUUCCAAACUGUAGAUCGUAAAAAAACAACUCUGAACAUCGAUAAUAAUGACAUAAUAGAUAUUACUAAUAUUACUAUCACAUGUGAUAAAUAUGAAAAUGUCCCUAAACAAUUUUCUAGUGAUACAAUAUUGUCUGAUGAUGAUGAUGAUGAUGAUGAUAGUAAUGAUGAUGGUAGUGAUGAUGAUGUUCAAAUUAUUGAUGUUACUAAUCGUGACUCUAUUGAACUUAUUACUAUAUCGGAUGACAGUGAUGAAGAAAAUACAUCAAAUCAAAAUUCUAUUGAAAACCCAAUUAGUUCUAAACCUGUAGACAAAUGUCUAGAUAUUUGCACAAAAAGCAUAAUUAAAAGCUCAUAUAAUAGUCCUUUACGCAACCGUAAAAGGAGAUGGGAUGAAGAAAAUAUAACUAGAUUGGAUAAUAACUUAGGAGCAUUUGUUAUUGAUAAACAAAAAAUUUCUAAUAACAAACAGAAUCUUUCACAGAAUUUCAUCACGUUGGAACAAAAAGCUUUUAAAAUUUCCAAGCCACAUGUAUCUUCAACCGUUACGACUUCUAAUGCUAAUAGAAAGCUACGGCCAAUUGUCAUUGAUGGUUUAAAUAUUGGACAUGCACAUGGUUCAGGAACGUUUUCUGGAAAAGGCAUUGAAUUAUGUAUACAAUUUUUCACUGAUCUAGGACAUACAGAUGUAAUAGCAUUCAUUCCACAACAUCGACAGGGACCACCUGGGUCUGAAUCAAAUACCAUCUUAAAUAAGUUGGUUAAAAAAGGACAAAUUUGUUUUACUCCUAGCAGAAAAGUCCAAAACCUAAGGAUGACAUGUCAUGAUGAUCGAAUUAUACUUAAAUAUGCCCAUCAAUGUGGUGGAGUAGUUGUUUCAAAUGAUAACUAUCGAGAUUUAUAUGAUGAAAGCGAAGCAUUCAAAGAAAUCAUUGAAAACAGGCAAGUAAUGGUUACAUUUGUCAGGGAUCAGAUAAUUGUUCCAGAAGAUCAAUACAAUCGAAGAUCAACUAUUCGGUCUCUUUCAGAUAUUUUACGUUUUCCUGAAUAGAUUUAAUUAAAAGUGAUAUUUUAAUUAUAAAUGAAGUACUUUAUAAUUUUUUUUUUAUUAUUUUUCAUACCUAAUUCAAGUUUAAUGUGAAAAACAUUUGUAAUGCAAAUUAAAAAAUAUCUAAUAUAUUAUUAUUUAAAAAAAAUUGAAGACUGAUAACUAAUAUUGUUAAUUACAUUGAAAAAAAAAAAAAUGUAAAAUAAUGUGAUUUUAGUUUACUGUUUCAAAAUACUAUAACAAUUACAAUUAUAAGUUAUUCGUCGUAUUAAAGUG